CAGCUGAUAUCAGACGUUAAAAUAUCGGUUAUUUUUUUCCCGCAACGUUCUGAAUUUCCGAUUCAAAUUUCAGCAUAAAUACCUAUUUGUCAUUUGUCAUGUUAUGAUGUAUAAUAUUAUCAAAUUAUAAUAUUUUAUUUCAUGUACAUCAUGGUGACAUGGUACAGUAUUCUAACGGCAUUAAUUUAUGAUUUUUAAUGUUUUUUUUUUACCAAUUUGACUCUCAAUGUGUUAAUACUUGAAUAAUUUUACUUGUUGUUAAAUAUUUAAUUUCCCCUGUAAUACUGAUUGAUCUUAUUUUUUUUUUUGGAUAUUUCGAGAUCCUUCUGCUUUCUAAUUUGCGUGCACAUUAAUAGCUUUGAAGAUUUAAAAUGAAUAAAGAAAGACGUGUUGGCCGUCGUAGUGUGGUACAAAAUCUUGUUAAACUUACUCCCGAAUACGAUGACAUUAAUGAAAAAAAAGUUUCAGUAGGACCUAAAAAAGCUUUGUUUGAUGAUGAUACAUUUGUUAUGAAGCGUACAUUAAAGCCAUUACAUGAGAUCAACAAUUUUCAGUUUUCUUCAUCAAAAUCCAAAAGUCAUGAUAAACUUUAUACAGAAAAUACUUAUGACAUACCAAAAUCAACAUACAUGGAUAUUUUUAAUAACCACAAUAAAAUUCCAUUGUCUCCGCCUAGUAGAAUCAAACGUCUCGAAUCAUCAAUGGGGAGAUCCCGCCAACAGCCUUGUGAACCUGUAUUGCAAUCAAAAGAACUUUUUAACACACUAAUUGAUUCACCUUGUACUAAUUAUGAAAAAUUACAGUUUAACAAUGCAUUAUCAUCUGCCUCCAAGUAUUUAUUAAACCGUCACUUAGAAUCUGUCCAGCAAAAUGCUGAUAUGUUUAAUGUUUCAAAUCCUGAUGUGGAUUUGGCUCAUGUCAACGAAAAUAAUUAUAAUAAAUUCAUAACUCCAAGUUUAAUAGAUUUAAGCAUUAAUCCGAAACCAGAACUAGACAUAUGUAAGUCUGAAACUAAAACGUCAAGUUUACCAUUAUUAGAUGAAGUAUCAAAAAACAAAAAGAUUGAUAAUAUUUGCCUAGCUCAAAAACCAAAUAUGCCUCUUUUAGUUGAAGAAAUUGAAGGAUCAAAAAACGGAGAUAUUGAUGAUAUUCGCCAAACAUCAAAUCUGUCUUUAUUAGUUGAAGAUAUUGAAGAAUUGAAAAAAAAUGAAAUUGACGACAUUCGCCAAACUAAAUCACUAUGUUGUGAUUUGAUCAAGACCCGGUUCAAAGAAAUAGAACUAGAAAUUGAAAAACAUUUUGGAAUUAUGGAAAAUAAAGUUAAUGAAAACUAUGAUAAAUUGAUAAAAAAAAUUCAGGAUGGAAACAAUGACACUGUUGAAUCGCAGACUUCAAACGUUACUACAGAAACAGUAAAGGAAAAAAAUUAUACUAGAAUGACUGGUGCUUUUGGAAUUUUCAACAAUUUAAAUAAAGAUUGUAGUUUUUUGAAAACUCCAAAGACUAAAGGCAAAACUCGAGAAGAAAUGUUAAAUAAAGGGGUUUUGACACCAUGUACAAUGUCAUUUGUUUUACAAGAACAAUUAAUGCACUUGAAUAGUAGUUCUUAAGCAUUUGACCUGAGAAUAAUC